UCCUCGAAUCCACCUGGGGACAGGUGAGAACAGGUGUGAAUGGAACAGGUGUGUUACAGGUGUGUUACAGGUGUGUUACAGGUGUGUACAGGUGUGUUACAGGUGUGUUACAGGUGUGUUACAGGUGUGUCAGGGGUCAGGAACCCCCCGCGCUCGCCACGGCCACGGAAACCUCCACGAUCGAAACCUCCCCGGCCACCGCGGCAAUCCUCGAAUCCACCUGGACAGGUGAGACAGGUGAGAACAGGUGUGUUACAGGUGUGUCAGGUGUGUUACAGGUGUGUUACAGGUGUGUCAGGUGUGUUACAGGUGUGUUACAGGUGUGUCAGGUGUGUCAGGGGUCAGGAACCCCCCGCGCUCGCCACGGCCACGGAAACCCCCGCGGUCGAAACCUCCCCGGCCUCCACGGCGAUCCUCGAAUCCACCUGUACAGGUGAGAACAGGUGUGAAUGGAACAGGUGUGUUACAGGUGUGAACAGGUGUGUUACAGGUGUGUCAGGGGUCAGGAACCCCCCGCGCUCGCCACGGCCACGGAAACCCCCGCGGUCGAAUCCACCGCGACCGCCGCGACGAUCCUCGAAUCCACCUGGACAGGUGAGAAUAGAACAGGUGUGUACAGGUGUGUUACAGGUGUGUCAGGUGUGUCAGGGGUCAGGAACCCCCCGCGCUCGCCACGGCCACGGAAACCCCCGCGGUCGAAUCCUCCCCGGCCACCACGACGAUCCUCGAAUCCACCUGUACAGGUGUGAAUAGAACAGGUGUGAAUAGAACAGGUGUAACAGG